AUUAAAACACAAAUUGUCUCUGCAAUCACGCUUUGAGACAAUACAAUGGAGUCAAGCGACACCACCAAUUCUCCGCCGUCCUCCCGCUCCGUGUCGCCGCCGUCCUCUCCGGCGUCGCCCACCACCCCAUUGCCGGUGGUGAUGAGCCCCUGCGCCGCCUGCAAGAUCUUGCGGCGGCGCUGCGCCGAGAAAUGUGUUCUGGCGCCCUAUUUCCCUCCCAACGAUCCCAUCAAGUUCACCACCGCUCACCGCGUCUUCGGCGCCAGCAAUAUUAUCAAAUUCUUGCAGGAGUUACCGGAGAAUCAGAGGGCGGACGCCGUGAGCAGCAUGGUGUACGAGGCGAACGCGCGGCUGAGAGAUCCGGUGUACGGCUGCGCCGGCGCGAUCGAUCAGCUCCAGAAGCAAGUGAACAUGCUUCAGGCGCAGCUCGCCAAGGCUCAAGCCGAGGUGUUCAAUAUGCAGUGCCAACACGCCAAUAUAAUGGCGCUUUACUGCGAGAUGGCUCGAUCUUCUUCUCCGCCGCCGCAGCAAUUUUCUUUCGACGAUUUUUCUGGCCGGAAUGGACUCCGCAGCGGCGGCGACGGCGGCUAUUGCGACUACAUCGACGAAGACAACAGCUUGGAUUCGUUCUGGGACCAAUUAAACACCCUCGGCAUGAGCAUGUGAUGAUCCGAUCUCGCGAUAUCGCCACCGCCCGCCGGCGACGAAACUAGUCGACCUAACUUUUUAGUUUGAAUUUCACGAAGUGAAAUUUAGUUUUUAUGCCAAUAAAAUUAAAUAUAAUGUAAAA